GGCACUUCAUUGCUGACAGACAGCAGCAGGCUCCAUCAAGGGAAGGAAGGAACAACAUAUUUCUUAGUCGUGGACAAUGCUGCCUUGGAAGAUGGUGGUGUUUAUACCUGUGUUGCCAAAAAUGCAGGAGGGGAGGUUUUGUGCAAAGCAGAGCUUAUCGUACACGAAGCAGCAAAGAAAGUGGCCACCAGGCGAAAGCUCCAUUCCCUUUAUGAGGUUAAGCAGGAGAUUGGAAGAGGCUGCUUCAGCUUUGUGAAACGAGUUGUGCACAAAGGGAACAGAGUGUCUUGUGCUGCCAAAUUCAUACCUCUACGAAGCAAAACGAAGGCUCGAGCGCAUCAAGAGAGGGAUAUUCUUGCCUCUCUGUCCCACGACAGAAUUACCAGGCUCCUGGAUCAGUUUGAAACGCGGAAAACACUGAUUUUGAUUCUGGAGUUAUGCUCCAGUGAAGAGCUCCUUGACCGUUUAUUCAAGAAGAGUGUCGUCACUGAAGCAGAGGUCAAAUUGUAUAUCAAGCAAAUUUUGGAAGGAAUCAAAUAUCUUCAUGACAACAACGUCCUUCAUUUGGACAUUAAGCCACUGAAUAUCCUCAUGGUUUAUCCUGAAAGGGAAGACCUUAAGCUCUGUGACUUCGGAUUUGCUCAGAAGAUAACGCCCUUUGAACCUCAAUUCAGCAAAUACGGGUCUCCGGAGUUUGUUGCCCCAGAAAUUGUUUCUCAGUCACCAGUGUCAAAAGCAACCGAUAUCUGGGCUGUUGGAGUCAUCACGUAUUUAAGCCUAACAUGCAAGUCUCCAUUUGCUGGGGAGAACGACAGAGGAACCCUUCUAAAUAUCCAGAACGGGGAAAUUUCAUGGACCAUUCCUGAUUUUGUUCACUUGAGUGAAGAUGCAAAGGACUUUAUGAAAGGGAUCCUACAGCAGCACCCCAAAGCCAGGCCUAGUGCUUUGGACUGUCUUUCCCACAAGUGGUUCAUGCGUAAUCUCCCCCUCGAAGCAGCUCAUUUCAUUAAUACCAAGCAGCUCAAAUUCAUUGUGGCUCGGAGCAAGUGGCAGCGGUCUCUGAUGUGCUAUAAAUCCAUACUGGUAAUGCGAUCUAUCCCAGAAAUCCUAGAAAGGACUCACGACAACACCUCCCUGGCCAUCUCCCGACAUCUGAUUGAAGAAAGCACUUCGUCCAGUACCAGCGGCUCCUCUUCAGACAAUGAGAACUCGCAUUUCCCCAAGAAGAGGCACUUUGGCUCUACACCCGAACUGCACUUGUCCAUAUUUGAUGCAUUGAGCCAUCAGGAACCUCCAAAACAUGCAAGUGAAGAGAAGCACUCCAAAAUCUCCGUCCCUCCAGUAAAACCCAUGAGGAGGAAGUACGCUUCAAUGAAAGCUGAGGUGGGGGACAAAUCACCUACAGAAAGCAAAGAGCUCACGGCAAGUAUCCUAAAGGAGAAAGAGGAGGGGCUCCAUCCCAGACUUCAAGUUGAAAGAACAGAGCAGGCCCAAAGAAGCAGUGCUGCUGAGCCUUCAUCAGUGAGGACUUCCACAGAAAGCACAUCACAUCUAUGUCAGAAAGAAAAACCAGACAUAUUUUUGUCUGAUAAGGACAGAAUUGAAAAGGCUGGGGAUGGGACAGAAAAGCCACCUGUCUGUGUUCCUAGACAGAGUGUCAUUAAAAGCACUUUCUACAGCCAAGCAGCUGAGCUACCUGCAAGGGGGCCUUCCUCACCAGGCAGGGAGUUCAGAAGGCACCUGGACAGAGCCAGAAGGACCUUCCGGAAAGCUGGAUAUUCAAAGGUGCCCCUCAGUGGUCUCCGUGAACCCCUUCUAGAGCAGUUCGAACUGGAAGAAGAAGAAGAAGGAAAGUCUGACGAUGGAGAUGAUCACAGGGAAAGUCUGCUUGGUUCCUUGACCAAAUCAGCUUCAUUUGACACUGCAAGAAAACCACCACAUCCUGCCAUUGCUGGUGCUAGCCGAAGCCGCUCCCUGGAUGACUACAGGCUGAGAGCCUCAAGAUCAGUGAGGGAACAAGAUAUUUUGGAAGAAGACUGUGAUAUAUUGUCACAGGAAAGUUGCCCUGAAGGCAGCGACCACUGCGACACUUCUGCAGGGCCUGGCAAGGGAUGUUCUGUAGAUGCUUCAAAGCAAGAGGACUUUAGAAGAGCCCACAAGGAUUGUUCAGAAGAUCAGCCCCCUCUUUCCACACAAUGUGAGGGUAAUGGGUGCCCAGCUGUUUUUGUGCAACAGCUAGAGAGGCUUCCAGUGUCACCUCAUAGGAGCGAGAAUAGGAAACAUUUACUGAAGAAGUCAAAAGCUGCUUACAUUGAGGAGGAAGUUGAAGAUUUGGAAGGCAAAAGCCCCAUUCUAACUGCCCAGAGCUCAGAUGUAACCGCAUCAUCAGCUCAAAAACGUGAAAGCAUGGAGGGUAAAUCUUCCCCUGGCAGUGCCUCUGACACUGCUUUUCAGGAGGGCAAACAGUCCGUUUCAACCCUCACACGGUCAGAGACCACCUCCAAGCCAGCCCCUACAAGUGAGGGAGGUGUGUGUCUGCCCCAGGAAGCUGCUCACAGUACCGACAUCCACCCGGAUCUAAAAGGUGGAAGCUUGCUUAUCAAAAGGACAGCCCCAGUUCCACCUUGGAAAGACAAAAGGCAGAAACAUUCACAUGAGAAGACUUCUGCUCACAGUGUUGCCAAAUCUGAUCUCACGCAGCAUGAAAGCUCUGCUGUUUUAACAGGCCCACAAACAGAAACGGAUGCACUUCCAGUAUGUAAAGACAAAAGUCAGGAACUUCCUGGUCAAAGUGUUCCAGCAACUACUGUCUUGGUGGGCAAACGGCCAGGUACCCUGACUGCUCUGCACACAGCUGAGGAAGGUGCUCAUCAGAAGCUGAAGCCCUAUAAAGAGGUGAGAUCUGCUGUCCUGGAGGAUGAAGGACCAGGUAUUAUGGGAAUCACUCCACCGUCAGCCCAUGAUCGUGAAAGCCAAGUGCACAAGAGGGCUCCUGUUCAUGUAGACACAGCAUCUGCCGUCCUGAAGGGAGAGCAUCUCGUUGUUCCAAAAGUCCCACCACCAAAUUCAAUGCCGACUUCGGUCUCCGAUGGAGCACGGCAGGCUGAAAGGGAAUGGCCAGCUCACAGCAAGGAGAGGCUUGCUGCUCUGAGGAGUGAAAGCUCAGCUGUCGCAGAGGUUGUUCCCAGUGUGGCCCGUGAGGCUGAAAUCGAGAGAGCUGAACCCCAGAAGGUUUCUGAAGACAGUGGCACGGUGCCUGCUGUUCUGGAGAGCAGACACCCAGCUAGAACUGUGUCCUCCCAAAAUACUGGCCUCCCUUCAGUCUGUGAGAGUAAAAAGCAAGAACACCCAAAGGCAUCACUUCGCAGUGAGGUGAGAUCUGUUGUGACAGCAAGUGGAAGCCAAGCAGCUGGACAGACUAUGCCUGCUCCUUUCCCCAAGGCUGGACACCAAGUGUUUGAACAGCACAGGGCAGCCUACCCCAGUGGCAGUGUUUCUGCUGAUCUGGAGGGUGGGCCUCCAGUCUUAACUGCUUCACAACCAGAAGAUGCUCCAGCUUCAGUCUAUGAGCUAGAAUAUGAGGAACAUCCAAAGGUUUAUGGUGAGGGUAGAGGCGUUGCCUUAGAAAGUGGAAGCUGUGAUGCCAGAAAAACUGUCCCACCGUCGCUCCGCAGGGAUCAAAGCCAGGAGCUCUCACAUCACAGGUCUUCUUUUUACAGUGAUGAGGAGUCUGCUGUGCUGGAGGGCUUAGUGGAUGAGAUGGUUUCCCUCUCUGAAGAGAUGAAUGUUUGGGCAGAGUCAGUGUCUGGUGAGGAGGAAUGCAGAAAGCACAUCUCUCCUCCCACAGAGAUGUUCUACAAAGGCCCAGGUAGCCAAGCACCCAUGGACACCUCCUUCCCUUCUGUCCAAGGGGGUAAAAGAGGAGAAGUCUCUGAGCUGGAUGACCUUGCAGAACCCUAUCUUGUCGUGAGUGAGGAGUCAGUGGUACUGGAAGGGCAGGGAGCACAGACGGUUCCUCAUGAAUGUGAGCAUCUGGAGGACUUAGCAUUUGAGAGCCCCACUUCUAGCCCAGUGAGUGUUUCCUCAACAGAUAGCUUGGACACUGGAAAAAGACCCAGUCAAGUGUCAGUGAGCAAGGACACUGGUAAACACCCAGAAGUUUCUUUAGUGAAAAUCAAAGACCUGUCGGAUGAAACACCCAGUCUUGGCAGUGGAACUCCAAAAUUUGACAUAUCAGAGGUAGAGCCUGCCUAUUUGAAUUUCUCUGACUUGUAUGACAUUGUCUAUUUUCCAUUUGAAUUUAUGAACUAUAGGAAGCCUCCACCUAAACCAACUGGUCGACGGUUUAUACCUUUUGGUGAAAGGGCAAGGUCACCUCCUGCAGGACAUUUGCAUAAGGACAAAAGACUGUGCAUCAGAGAAGAGGCAGAGGACAAGAACAGGAAGAACCAUUUGGAAAUAUCUGAGGAUUCAAAGGCAACUAACUUAUUAGCCAUGGGGAAAGUGUCAGAGAGUGAUAAAGAAAUGUAUGGCCCCCAAAAGGACUCCAGUGGUAAGCAGAAAAGCUCCUUCUGCAACAAGCCAGGACUCUUUAAACCGUAUGCAAGGUCUCAUUCAGUGGAGCAGUCAGUGGAGCAGAGUCUGAAGAAGAAAGUGAAAGCUUCUGUUGCCCAUAUUUCAAGAAUCCUAAAAGGAAAGACAUCUCCUGAGCCAGAAGCAGAGGAAG